AUGUGUGUCAUCUGCUUCGUAAAAGCGCUAGUGCACGUGUUCAAGAUCUACCUGACCGCCAGCUACACCUACAACUUCCGCGACUGGCCGGUGGACUUCCGCUGGGAUGAUGUGCGCGCAGCGGGAGGGGGCGGUAGCGGACACCGAGCACUGACAUGCGCGGCGGCUGCGGCGGGCGUGUGGUUGCUGCAGGACUCGGCGCUGGGCGAGGACAUACCCGGGCGCCCGCCGCGUGUCGCACGCAGCCAGGCGCAGUGCCUUCUGCAGCAGAUCCGCGAGCUGCCAGGCCAGCUCGCCAGCUACGCGCUAGCCCACUCGCUCGGCCGCUGGCUGGUCUACCCCGGCUCCAUGUCCCUGAUGACGCGUGCGCUCCUUCCGCUGUUGCAGCAAGGCCAGGCGCGCCUCGUGGAACGCUACCAAGGCCGGCGCGCAAAGUUGGUGGCCUGUGAUGGCAACGAGAUCGACACCAUGUUCAUGGACCGCCGUCAAAACCCUGGCAGCGAUGAGCGCGGACUGCACCUCGUUAUCUGCUGCGAAGGCAACGCCGGCUUCUACGAGAUGGGCUGUUUGUCGGCGCCUCUCGAGGCUGGCUACUCUGUCCUGGGUUGGAACCACCCGGGUUUUGGAGGCAGCACGGGCUUGCCGUUUCCGCAGCACGACGCUAACGCCAUGGAUGUGGUCGUCAAAUACGCUCUGCACCGCCUGCACUUCCCGCCCGCACAUGUGGUGGUUUACGGCUGGUCCAUCGGGGGCUUCACGGCCACCUGGGCCACCAUGAUGUACCCCGAGCUGGGCGCUCUGGUGCUCGAUGCUACUUUCGACGACUUGGUGCCACUGGCGCUGAAGGUCAUGCCCCACAGCUGGAAGGGGCUAGUGGUGCGCACCGUGCGCGAGCACUUCAACCUCAACGUGGCGGAGCAGCUGUGCCGCUACCCCGGUCCGGUGCUGCUCCUUCGGCGCACGCAGGACGAUGUGGUCAACACCUCGAGUUCCCUGCGCCCUCUGCCGCCCGGAGACGUGGAGGGCAACCGCGGCAACGAGCUGCUGCUGCGGCUGCUGCAGUACCGCUAUCCGGCGGUGAUGGUGCGCGAGGGCCGCGCGGUCGUGACCCGCUGGCUGCGCUCUAGCAGCCUGGAUCAAGAAGCCGCCUUCUACGCGCGCUACCGCGUGGACGAUGACUGGUGUCUGACUGUGCUGCGCUCCUACCGCGCGCGCUGUGAGGAGCAGCUGGAGGAUGAGAAGGCCCGGAGCCCGCAUGGGCUUGCCUUCCCCUGGAUGGUGGGCCAAGGUUUGGGUACGCGGCGCCGCCGGCAGCUCGCACUGUUCCUGGCUCGCAGGCACCUCAAGAACGUGGAGACGACUCACUGCAGUCCGCUGGAGCCGCAGGACUUUGAGCUACCGUGGACGCUGUAG